AUGACUUCGGAAUCGACGCUUGCCGAGGUCGUGCCUCAGCAAUAUAGCUCCUUCACCACCCUGCAGAAGCGAUAUAUCGUCUUCACAGCGGCUGGGGCGGGCUUCUUUUCUUCAUUAUCGGCGCAAAUUUACUUUCCGGCCCUCAACGCUCUGGCCGAGGACCUGACGGUGUCGACAUCGCUGAUCAACCUGACGGUCACCAGCUACAUGAUUUUCCAAGGAAUCGCCCCCAUGUUUUUCGGCAGUUUUGCCGAUCAGACCGGCCGUCGUCCCACAUACAUUAUCUGUUUCAUCAUCUAUAUCGCCUCUAAUAUCGGCCUCGCCGUACAGAACAGCUACGCUGCCCUGGUUGUACUACGAUGUUUGCAGAGCUCCGGAAUCAGCAGUACUGUUGCCCUAUCUGCGGCCACAGUUGUCGAUGUCAGCACGAAAGAGGAGCGUGGCUCGGUGAUGGGUAUCGUCAUGGCUGGCAACUUUAUGGCCCCAGCUAUUGGGCCCGUAAUCGGUGGCCUGCUCGCCCAGUAUCUAGGCUGGAGGUCCAUAUUCUGGUUCCUGACCAUUGCAUCUUGCGUCUUCUUCCUGUCUCUCCUAUUUUUCCUUCCGGAGACAGCACGAAGUAUAGUCAACGAUGGCUCUUCCCCAGCUCAGCCAUGGAAUCAGCCCCUUAUUCGCUACCUCUCCUUCCGAGAUGAGGCCAACCCCAGUCGUUCUUCUUCGGAUGGUGAUCGACGCCUGGGCAGCGACUCGCCAAGGAUAAAACACAAAAUUCGAUUCCCUAAUCCGCUUAAGCCUCUUCUGGUCGUGUUUAACCUGGACUCGGUCAUCGUCUUGCUGGUUACUGGCGUCAUCAUGGGGGCAAAUAUGACAGUCCUCUCAUCUAUCACGGAACUUUACACCAGGCAGUAUGGCCUAGAUAUGCUUCGCAUUGGUUUCUGCUACAUCGCUCUGGGCAGCGGGUCUAUCGUGGCCUCCGUUAUUACGGGCCGACUCCUAGACUGGAACUACCGCAAUAUAGCCUCUACGAGAGCCACAUCCCAACAGCAAAGUGAUGAUUCGCUCUCGGUGAAAAAAGCCCGUAGCAUGAUCACUAUCCCCCUCAUUAUGUUGGGCAGCAUGACCGUGUUAGCAUUUGGCUGGGUGCUCCAAUACGGCGCAUUUCUCGCGGUGCCUGAGAUGCUUCUAUUUUUCAUCGGCAUAGGCCAGACUGGUGGCUUCAUUUCCACCUCUACCUUACUAGUGGAUCUGCAUACCUCUCACCCAGCUGCUGCGACAGCGUCGAACAAUCUGGUGCGUUCCAUUUUCUCGGCUGCAGCGUCGGCCGCUAUCAAUCCCAUGUUACUUGCAAUGGAUCGUGGGUGGGCUUUUACUCUUGUGGCAUUUGUUUUACUGUGCAUGAUUCCAUUCCUCUUGCUCCUUUGUGGUGUUUGUCGUGAAGAUCAAGAGCUUCAUGAGAGGCCGGCGGAUUAA